CAAACUUGCCUGGCUGUGGCGGAGGACGCUGAAAGGAAUAGUUUAAGACAAGACAUUUUGGAUUUGACUUGAUUUCUGGGUGAGUCGUGCGUAUUUACGCACUUGGAGCUGCGCCAUCUAGUCACUUUUUACCCGCCAAGAAUGACAGAAGAGAGCAAGUCUUUGACCGACCAUCCGCGCAGUCCAGCCGGCAGUGACAGCUCCAUGUCCCGGCAUGGAUCGGAUCCAGAGUCCCCGACCUCUACAGCAGGGUCCGACGCACGGGAGGCAGCGCGUCCGCCGGGGAUUACGCACAAACCAGAGAGCAGCGUGGAGGCUGAGCGCUUCCCCGCGUGCAUCCGGGACGCGGUGUCGCAGGUGCUGAAAGGUUACGACUGGUCGCUGGUCCCGAUGCCGUCUCAGGGGGACAGAGGGCUGAAGAGUAAACCUCAUGUGAAGCGGCCGAUGAACGCCUUCAUGGUGUGGGCGCAGGCAGCCCGGAGGAAACUGGCGGACCAGUAUCCACAUCUGCACAACGCUGAGCUCAGCAAGACGCUGGGGAAACUGUGGCGACUUCUCUCUGAAACAGAGAAGCGUCCCUUCAUCGAGGAGGCCGAGAGGCUCAGGAUGCAGCACAAGAAGGACUACCCGGACUACAAGUACCAGCCUCGCAGACGCAAGGGCACCAAACCGGGACAGGGGGACCUCAAACCUGGACUGGUCCUGCAGCAGCAGCAUCAGCAGGGCUUGUAUAAGACAGAACCAGGGGUGGCCAGGCUGGCUGGUACAGGGGAGGUGCACCAUCACUACCAUCCAGACAGGACAGGUCAGUCUCAUGGACCUCCAACACCUCCCACUACCCCAAAAACUGACCUCCACAUGGUGAACAAACAUGAAGUCCAGCGCCCUGUGGACAGCACCAGCGACUCUGUUCCUCCCACCGGCCGCCAGAACAUUGACUUCAGUAACGUGGACAUCUCAGAGCUCAGCACUGACGUCAUCAGCACCAUCGAAGGAUUCGACGUCCACGAGUUCGACCAGUACCUCCCUCCCAACAGCCACGCCUCCACUCUUCUAACCCCACCAGACAGCAGCCACGGACAUGGCAACCCUUCCGGAUCCUUCAUCCUGCCCAGCAUCCACUCCCACUCCCAAAGCACAUGGACACCGAAAAGUGGGACUCCCAAUGGGAUGGCGCCAACGUCUUCCAGUCGAGACACACAUGGGCUCCAAGAGGACGCCAGCCAAAAGCCUCAGAUCAAAACUGAGCAGAUGAGCCCAGGCCACUACAGCAGCUCCUCCUCGUCCACUCCCCCACCUCCACAACCUGAGUACACCUCCCUCGGAAGCAGCAUCUGCCCUUCGUCCACUUCCUCCUCAUCCUCCGCCAACCAAUCUGACUACACUGACCUCCAAAGCUCCGGUUUCUACAGCGCCUUCUCAGGGUACCCUGCCAGUCUUUAUCAGUACCCAUACUUUCACUCCUCUCGCAGGCCUUACGCCACUCCUCUUAUCAACAGCCUGGCCUUGGCACCAUCCACACACAGUCCUCCCUCUGGCUGGGAGCAGCCUAUCUACACCACACUGACAAGGCCUUAAGGAGGAGGAAACCCUCCAAAGGUUUGGACAUAUGAACAAAAGACUUUAAUGACUGCUCAGAUUUGGGAGCAGAGGCCUGUUUUAAUGGCCUACAUCACAAUGUUUGGAGAUGUGAUGGACUUUGAAGAGUUUUGAAGAGACUUUGGUUUUGACCAGUAUGGAUUUCUGAAGGACAGUGCUGAUAUCUGUUGGCAAACUCUUCAUAUUGUGCAUCCAAAUUGUUACAUUUGUUCGUUUUCAUGGAAAGAAAGUCAUAAGAUUAACAAAGAAUCAGUGUUUUGACUCUUUUCUGAGUGAAAAGGACUGAGGCAUGACAUUUAAACCUGCAUUGGACACUAAAAUGUUCCAUUAAAGCGUCCCACUAAUGAAA